AUGAAAGUUAUUCCUAUUUAUUCAGAUUUGCAGAUUGACAUUGCACAAUCAAGUUCACUCGGUAGCAGCAAGUCAGAUCUCCUUGUUACAUUUUCAAUUCAACAAGACUCCGCCAGCGUCAUAUUUCCAGAGAAAUCCAUCAUGUCAGACAUGUUGAGCCAGAUCAAACAACUGAAAUACAGCGCCAAAGUCGACUCUACCAACGAAAACAUCUAUGAGUGGGCAAAGCAUUAUUCCAAAUAUAGCGAACAAAAGCCAGAGAAAUUGCCACCUGCGAGAGCCAAUUCCCUACCAGCAUCUGAUGAUUUGGGAGACAGUUCACUACGUUAUGUCUUACCUUUGCAAAGAGCAGAAACUAUUGCCAAGAUCAACCUGAAGCGUACCAGAACUGUGAAUGAGCCAAGAGAGCGCAAAAUUACAUUUGAAGCGGCAAAAGAUCACUGGAUUAAUGCACAAUUGAUGAAGAAGGAGGAUGAGUUUGUCAGGUGGCAACAGACAAAUGUUUUUGUGGGUACAUGGAAUGUGCAUGGUAGCCUGCCUUCAUCUUCUUUGAAGACCUGGCUGCAGGGAACACUCAAAACCGAUGAUGGCACUCUCUUUGACCCUGACUUUUAUGUUAUCGGUCUUCAAGAGAUGGAAACAAACACCGAAGCAUAUAUUCGGUAUGACCCAACAAAAGAAAAUGCUUGGGUGAAAGCCAUCAUUGAGUCAUUGAAGGAUAAUGGAAAGGACUAUUACAAGGUUGAAUCUAAGCAGCUGGUAACCAUGCUCAUGAUUGUGAUUGCAAAGAAGAACCAUCGACCCUUCAUUUCAGAAGUGACAAGCACCUACGCAGGAGUCGGAUUAAUGAACAUGAUGGGCAAUAAGGGUGGCAUCUCGGUCCGUUUACGAUUUCACGAUAGCUAUCUUUGCUUUGUUACCAGUCAUUUGGCAGCGUUCACUGACAAAACCGAAAAGAGAAAUCAAGAUUUCACUGAAUUAUCUAAACGGCUCGUAUUCCCUCAAAGACCAGAUCCACUGACUGAAUAUGUCUUUUAUUCUUGGAAUGAUGGUGGUGAUGAAGGUGUGUCUUUCUUGGAAGCUAACAAUGUACUCAGAGACUGGAGAGCGGAAGCAUCUAUUUUUCAUAAUGACUUCUUGGUUUGGUGCGGCGAUUUGAACUAUCGAGUCAACUUGAAUGAAGCAGUUAUUAAGAACUGGCUUCGACAAGAUAGGUUGGAUGUAUUGUUGGAUUACGACCAGCUAUCCAUUGAACGAGAUGCAGGCAGAACUUUCCAGAUGUUUGAUGAGGGACCCAUCAACUUUGCACCUACUUACAAGUACGAUGCAGGCACGAACCUGUACGAUACCAGCGAAAAGCGACGAGCUCCCUCCUGGACAGACCGUAUUUUGUGGAAAAAGGACAGAAAAGGAACUGCUGAGCCAAGCCUGGAAUUGAAGAGUUACAAAGAUUGCAUGGAGAUGAUGAUGAGUGAUCAUAAGCCUGUAAGAGCUUUGCUGGCGAUGAAUGUUCGCAAGAUUGAUAGUCGACUUCAGAAGCAAACGCAAGAGAAACUCGUCAAGCAGCUCAAAGACAGCCAAGACGAUCAGCCUCGCGGUGAGAUUUCGUCUUCUUAUGUUGAUUUUGGAAAAGUGCAGUUCAUGGAGUACAAGGAGCAAAAUGUCAUUUUGACAAACACAGGUACUGUAUUGACAGUGUUUAAAUUCCUGCCAAAAGAUGCAGAUGGCACUGUUUUGCCUCCUUGGUUGCAAGUGAGCCCUUUGUCUGGCGUUGUGGCUCCUGGUGAAAAGGUGAUUAUCCGAUUUGAAGUUACUAUUGAUCCCACCAUCUCAGCUCCAUUGAACCGAGGAGAAGAGAAUAUGGACGACAUUCUGAUUCUGCGUCUGGAAAACAGCAAGGACUUUUUCAUUUCUGUCUCUGGAGACUACAUACCUACUUGCUUUGGCGUGCCCCUGGAGCAAUUAUCAGAGAUGGUUGUGCCUAUCAGUGAAGCAGCCGCAAAGAAUUUGCAAAGAAGCAAACCCGCUAAUGCCAACAACCCUCAGCAACCGCCUUCUCCAGUUCUGAAUCAGAUAGAUUUGCCAAAAGAGCUAUGGAAGUUGAUGAACUUUUUGUGGAAUGCCAAUAUGUUUAGAAUUGAAUCUUUGUUUUUGGAGCACGGCGAUCUCAUUGUAUCAACUUACAUUAGAAAAUGCUUGGAUAAUGGGGAGCAAUUUGAUACCAAUGUGCUGCUUGGCGGUGAGCCAGCUACUGCCGAUCAUGUCGAACCUAUAACAAGUCAAGAGCCAGAUGAGAGCGACGAGUUGUUUGAUGUCAAGAGCACUCUUUCUGAAUUGAGCUUGGAUAAUGAUAAACUUGGAAAAGAAGCUAUCAGCGCCAAUUCGAUGAUUGAUGUUUUAGUCGCCUUUUUGGAAUGCUUACCGGAGCCUGUUAUCACAACCAACAUGUAUGAGCGCGCCUUAGAGGCAUCUGAAUCUAUUGAGGCAAUGAACAUUCUCAAGGAAUCAUUGCCUCCUUUCCAUCGAAAUGUGCUAUUAUACAUUGGUAUGUUUUUGAGACAGGCAAUUGACAAAGCACCUGCUCCCGUGAAGAAACAAAGAGAGAGCCGUAUUAUUGAAUUGUUUACCGUCUUGCUAAGACCUCCCAUUGACUUCAAAGAGCGUAAUCCUGUUGUAGCAAAGGAAAAGCGUGAAAAGUUUAUAUCUCAAUUGUUGAAAUCACUUCAAACAUGA